GCAGAUAUACAUCUCCGAGCUUAUGGUCCGGCUACAUGUCCUCCGUGCGAAUCGGAGCUUGCUAGAAUAUAGCACUGUCACGGAUUCGAGGUAUAAGCUGUAUGAUAUUUCCUUGCAUGUCUGACAUAGCCGGAGGUUUGCGAAGUACCUUAAUCAAUGCUGUGUGCUUAGGGACGAUAGUUGGCUUGGAAGGGGGGAAUCGGACCCUUUUAACGUUGCUCCAUCAUAACCCUGCCUUCACGAACUUCAUCAGCGCGCUUGCUUCUUUUGCUUCCCUUAGCAUCUUCCUCUUGGUCUAUGCCAGUGACAGCGGAGGAAAUGCAUCUACUCCACGCGCCCGUCUCUUUCGGGUUUCAGAUUGAUAGACCGGUUAUGCCGAAAGGGAAGGAUCAAGGAUGCGCGAAGCUUUUCCUGUUCGAUGGCAAGUCAGACAGAUAACUGCGCUGUUCA